AUGGAGUACGAAACAUACACAAGCACAGUCGAAGGUUUUGCAAUUGACUAUCCAAAGAAAUGGAUGUGUGUCAAGAAUUCAGGUUACAGCAGUGUCAUGUUCACUCCAUCACCAAACCAAGCAAACUUUAACCUUAAUGUUUGUGUUCAAGAUUUAAGAGCAACAUGUACUUUUAUAUCUACUUUACUUUUCUCUACUUUUAUAGCUGCAACAAGAGGACAAAUCCCAACACCACAAGAAUUCUUGCAAGUAUCAAUUGAUCAAGUAAAAGAGAUGGGAGCAAAGGGAUUAGAGUAUGGAUCGGUCAAGAUUGGUGUUGAUAAUAUCGAUGGAUACUAUAUGAACUAUGGUUUGGAGAACCCACAAGGCAGCGUUGCCAUUCGUCAAGGAUUCUUCCAACGCGAAAACUUCACCUUUGUCAUUACACUUUCAGUGCCAACACCACUCAACACCCCCGAUUUGGUAAAGGUACACCAAACUGCCAUCCGUUCAUUCCGUCUCUUUACUGCCCGUGGUUACAAGGUUUGUCUCAUGUCUCCAAACAUUGGAGAAUGCCAAAUUGGAAACAACCACCGUUUUGCCAUCUAUUCUCCAAAGCAAUGGAAAACCAUAAAGACUUCACAAACCAACCAAUACCAUUGGAAAUCAGACAAACAAGAUAACCUUCACAUGCAAUCAUCGGUCGACAAAUUGCAAGCCCCAAUCGACACUGCUUUGAAAUUUAAUCAUUGGAUCAAAGAGGAAAUGCAAAAAAAGGCUAUCGAUGGAAAGGUUCAAGUAUCUUCACAAAGUGAAAUUGAACAUUUUAUUGAUCUCUCUGGUUUGGAAAAUGUUAAAUAUAGUGCAAUUAAAUUAUUUUUCUCAUCAAAUACAAUGGAAAUUAAGGGAGAUUAUGAAAUGGUUUAUCUUAUUGUAGAAGAUACUGUAUUUACAUUCACAUUGAUCACUGGAUUAGGAGAAAACAAGGAUUGGAGCGUAUUGUUGGAAUCAUCGGUUGGAGCUUUAAAGUUGAUUGAAGAGAGUGCAGACAAUAGCAACAAAAAGACACCAGCCAUUCCAAAGGAUAGUAUCCUUACCUACAACUUGUUUGUCAAUAUUGUUGGUGGAUACCGUGUACUCAUUCCAAAGCACUUUGAAGUAUUUGAAAUGAAUACCAACUACUAUGAAACCGUCAUGUUUUACAGCACUUUGCUCAAGCAAGCCAAUAUCCCAGUCUUUUCUAUCAAUGUCGAAGACUUGGGUGUCUCUGUCAUCCUCCCACAAUACAAGGGUGUGAUUGCACAAAUGAUGGGCGAGUCACUCGAUAACGCCCGUGUCUUGAGCGACAAGCCAUCAAGAUUGGACAACUACCAAGCCUCUAUUACCGAAAUCCACGGCUUUGACUCUACCAUUUCAAGCGGUAUCGUUGUUGCUCUCUUCAAGUGUGCCGUCAUCAAGCGUCGUGUCGGUGUUCUCAUUUCCCUUCGUACCGCUCAAACUGAAUAUGAAGCUCUCUAUAAAUCAUCCAUCUUUGCUUUUGAUACUUUUAAAAUCCUUGGAAAACAAAACAAUAGUAAAACAAGUAGUAGUCGUAGUAAUAGAAUUAGUAAAUAG